AUGUUUAUCCAAACCGAGUCAACUCCCAACAACGACUCUCUUAAGUUCAUUCCUGGCGUACCUGUGAUGGGAAGUGGCUCGACAGAGUUCCUUGACGUACGUGCUUCAAUGAAAUCUCCUUUGGCCAAGCAGCUUUUCAAGAUUGACGGAGUUGUGGGUGUGUUUUUCGGCCCAGACUUUGUCACGAUCUCCAAGGAUCCUUACAGCGAGUGGCAACUGAUGAAGCCCGAUGUUUAUGCAGCCAUAAUGGACCACUUCUCUUCUGGCCAACCCAUUGUCUAUGAUGAGGCUGACCUGGCUGCAAGUGACACUGCAAUUCAUCCUGAUGACUCUGAAGAGGUCCAGAUGAUCAAGGAGCUUUUGGACACCCGCAUUCGUCCCUCUAUCCAGGAAGAUGGCGGUGACAUUGAAUUUUGUGGAUUCGAGGACGGAAUUGUGAAACUCAAGCUCAAGGGCAGCUGUCGUGGCUGUGACAGCUCUGUCAUCACACUCAAGAACGGCAUCGAAAACAUGCUGAUGCAUUACAUUCCCGAAGUACAGAGUGUGGAGCAAGUAUUCGAUGAAAACGAAACCGUUGCAUUGAAAGAAUUCGAAAAGUUAGAGAAGAAGCUCGGUGAGAAGAAAUAA